UUGACGUCAUGACGGUGGACGUCAUCUUGAAUGAAAAAUUCCUAUUUUAUUAUUUAUUUUGGUAAAAAACACGUUACUCGGAGCUGUAUUUAGUAUUUCUCGUUUAUAUAUUACCAAAUUAUACAGUUUUAUGUGAUGUUCAACAAUAAAAACCAAUCGGACUCAGUGAAUUUAUAGUGAAUGUGACGCUAAACUUUUGUGUCGGUGAUGUAAUUUAGGUGAUUGGGUGGCUUCCUAGUCCUAACUACAAUGGAGGAAUCCUCGUUCACGAUACCAGCCGACGACAAUGGUGAUUCUGAGCUCGAUCCCAGAAUACAGGUCGAGUUGGAGAAGCUGAAUGCGGCCACUGACGAGAUUAACAAGCUGGAGCUGGAGCUUGAUGAGUCUAUGAAGACAUUCCACCUGCUGCUGAACGAGACGUCCCGCCGGCUGCAGGCGCUGGUCAAACGGCUGGGGACGUGCGUGGACAAGUCCAGGCCUUACUACGACGCUGUGAACGUGGCAUCAGCUGCCAGGGCCGAGUGCCAGAGGGCGGCUGUGCAGUUUCAGAGGGCUAGUGAACUGCACGCAGCAGCAAAGGAGACGGUGACUUUAGCAGAGCAGCGCUUCGUGAGCAAGCAGGACGAGUGGCAGUUCGACAGCAACUGGCAGGAGGUGCUCAACCAUGCCAUCAUUAAGGUCAUGGACGCUGAGAAAAGAAAAGCUGAAAGUGGGCGUGAACAUCAAAAGAAAGCAGCGUCGUACAUUGCAGCUGAAAAAAAGGUUGUGCAACUGGAAGAUAACUUGAAACGCAACAUAAUAAAGUCACGUCUCUACUUCGAAGAGAAGAAACUAUGCGACGAGCAGCUGCAGACGCAAAACGAAAAAAUUGAGAAGCUGCAGCGUCUGAUUGCCGACGCCAAAUUCCGCUACUCGAAAUCUCUUAAAGCUCUAGAAGAAAUAUCAGAAGAGAUCCAUCGUCGUAGAGGAGAAUACCCGCCCGGCAAAGACACGAUACCCGUGGGACCAAGAGAACCAGGCGUGGGAGCCGAAAGAGACCCGAUCCACGACGAAAACGACUCAAAAGACCCUGAACACGACGAAGAAUCCAGUCUUCAAGAACUCAGAAUGAGAGUCAGGGAACUAGCUCUAAAACCAAUCGACAGAAAAGACGUCGAGACAGACGAAGCGUGGGCAUUGGAGCUGAACGAAACGAUCAACAAACUCGACCAGCUGCUUAUGAUGAAGGAAAAUAACCAGCAGAAGCGGUCCAAAUUCACAGCAGUGUCCCCAAGAAAUUCUAGUGCUCCAUCCACGAGCACUAACACUGGGAACAAACACACUCCACCCCCUAGCGACAGUUGGAAAUUCGAGACGAACUUGAAUAGAACCAAAUCCAUAAGCAGGGAGGUGGUGUACGAAAAUUCGAAUCCACCGAUAAGCAAGACUGAGAAAUCGAAGAGCAUGAUGUCGCUCGACGUGUUAGCUCUAGCCAGAGACACGGCCAUUAUGGAUAGGGAGUCUUAUUUAAAAGCUGUCAUCGAAGACAAGUCUCCGACUGGGACGUAUACCGAGAGCAAUUCGGAUAGAAACGAGAGUCCUGACGAGAUUCUGAUGGUGGAGUGCGAUUCCAGCGAUUCCACACAGAACCCCGUCAUUCGAAUGACCAGUUCAACGAUCACUGACAGCGAUAAUAGUUAAAUUUCUUAUGAAUCGCCUGAGUAGAAUCGCUAUUCGUCGCGACACACUUAGGAUUUUUUAUUGAUGUCAAUUUCUAUGUGUUAGUUUAAAAAGAAAAAUCGAAUAAAAACUAAAAAGGCUCACUCUUUUAAUGUUUAGUUAGAGUAGUGUUUGUCUUGUUUUCCACUUGUUGACUCGUGUAUAAUCUGGUCCGUUAGCACGUAGAAUUUUGUCCAAUGACCCCAAGCUACCCAUCCUUAUCGCUCUCGCUCGCGCGUAAUUAUGUUGCUAUCGCGCUUGCACACUCACUGCGGGUGCCAUUCAAUAUAAUUACGCGCGAGCCUUAUCGCUCGGGUAAUAAUGGGUAGCUUAAAAAUUCUACGUGCUCACGGACCGGGCUUUAGAGUUUAUUUUAGUGUAAUUCUGAUUUACGUCGACGCCAUAUCACUCCACCGACACAACGCUCGCAAAUAUUUAUUUGUUGCACGUACCCAACUGUCGUU